UCGAGCCCUCGACUCUGUUCCUCGUACCUUCGAUCCAUGUAAUUACCAAAAAGCCACCGCCUCUCUCUCUCUCUUCGCCGAAGCCCCAUCAUGCAAUCCCCCACCCUCUUCUUCUCCGCCAAGCCCCUCUCCCCUUCUCUAGCUCCUCGCGUCAAGGCUCUGUACACCGCGAAUCCGCCGCCUUCCACCGCCGUCCGCAACGACCCCAACUCCAUGGCGGCUUCAGGUCCCAAGUGGGCCCAGAAGACCAUCACCCUGCCUCCCCAGAGGCGGGGCUGUCACCUUGUCACUCCUAAGAUUUUGAAGGAAAUUGGACAAGACUUGUCAGAUUUCAAGUGUGGCCUGGCACAUCUCUUCCUACAGCACACAAGUGCAUCUCUUACCAUCAAUGAGAAUUACGACUCAGAUGUUAGGGAUGAUAUGGAGACAUUUCUCAACAAGAUAGUCCCUGAGGGUAGAUCCGCACCUUGGAAGCAUACAAUUGAGGGUCCUGAUGACAUGCCAGCUCAUAUAAAAUCUUCCAUGUUUGGCUGUAGCCUCACGAUACCAAUUACAAAUGGGAAGCUUAACAUGGGAACCUGGCAGGGAAUAUGGCUUUGUGAGCAUCGAGACGUUGCCACUGCCCGGACUGUGGUAGUGACCCUUAAUGGAAUAUGAGAUGGCUUGAUUUAGCGAUCGGUUUUUGCCCUGAUCUGUGAAAAGUAAACCGAAAGAGGGAUGGAGUUCUUGCUUGAUGUCUAUGUUGAUUGCUAAAUGUAAUGACCGCUUUGUGACUUGUACUGCGAUGGCUAUGGUGGCAUGUGUCAUGAUCUUCAGUGUGUGCAAGAAAUGAGCAAUUUGACAUGGGGGGAUGGUGAUGCAUUUGCUCGGAUGAUCAUGCUGUCAAUGAACGAGAAUGUGGCAUAGCUAUGUACUGUUGUUACUGAGUUAAGACUCCGUUGAAAUGUCCUCUC